GAUAAACCGGCAAGUGAAACAGCGAUUGUAGGGAUGUUUGCACGUACAUUUCUCCGAGCAGUCCCUGCUCGCGCUUUCUCUGCUGCUUCGCAGUUUGCAAGCAAGAGCAUGAGCAAAAAGUGGUCCUGGAAGGCAAGAGCUGCUGUUUUGGCUGCAGGUGGCUUCACAACUUAUGCUGUUGUGGACUAUGGCCUUCAUCCCCGUCCCUCUAGCGAGGUUGUGGAUGAUCUUCUCCUCACUAAGCCCGCAACUGAGAGGAAGGAGCGUCUGAUUGUGCUCGGAUCUGGCUGGGGUGCAGUCGCUCUGCUUGACAAGAUCGACCCGUUCAAGUACGAGGUCAUCUGUAUCUCUCCUCGCAACCACUUCGUCAUGACGCCGCUCCUGCCCUCUGUCACCGUGGGAACCAUCGAGACCCGCACUGUCGUUGAGUCUAUCCGUUCCAUCUGCCCCCACGUCAAGUUUAUCGAGGCCGAGUGCACUGGACUGAACCCGCAGGGCAAGACUUUGACCUUCACCUCUUCCAAGCGCCCCAGCAGCAGCAGGGAGGUGCAGGACAGCGCCAAGACUCGUCCUGAGUUUCAGAUGGCGUAUGACAAGCUCGUGGUGGCGGUCGGAGCUGAGAACAACACCUUCAACACCCCCGGAGUUGAGCAGCACGCUCACUUCCUCAAGGAGAUCAUCGACGCCCGCAGAAUCCGUGCUGCUAUCGUCGAUGCCUUCGAGAGCGCUUGUAACCCGGCUCAGACCGAGGAGGAGAGGAAGCGUCUCCUCAACUUCGUUGUCGUUGGUGGAGGGCCCACUGGCGUUGAGUUUGCCGCCGAGCUCGCUGAUCUCCUUCACGAGGAUUUGACCAAGUCUUUCCCUAAGCUGAAGAACGAUGUCAAGAUCCGCCUCAUCGAGGCCACCGACAAGGUUCUCGGCAUGUUCGACUCCAAGGUUUCCGCCUUCACCGCGCAGACUUUUGAGAAGGAGGGUAUUGAGGUUCUGGCGAAUACUUUUGUCAAGGAGGUGAAGCAGAAGGAAGUUCUCGUGCAGAAGAAGGGAAGCAAGGAGAUCGAGUCCAUCCCCUCGAGCGUUGUCGUGUGGGCAACCGGCAUCAGGAGCAGGCCCAUCACCAAUAAGAUCAGGGAGUGCAUCGGCGUGAAGGAGCAGACCAACCCCCGCGCUCUCCUUACCGACGGAUUCCUCCGUGUUAGGGGGGCUGACGGCGUCUAUGCUAUGGGCGAUUGCGCGACCAUCGACGGCAAGCCCCUGCCUGCGACUGCUCAGGUGGCGUCACAGGAGGGCAAGUACCUCUCCAAGUACCUCAAUGGCCUUCCUACCGCUCACGAGGACUCGUCUGUCUUGAACGCCGUGCGCAAGAUGUACUGGAAGGUGGCCGGCGGCUUUACCUCCGAGCCCUUUGAGUAUGCUCACCGUGGCUCUCUUGCUUACACUGGCGGGGACUCAGCGGCUGCUGACUUCAAAGGCGCUAUGAACGGCUUCUUUGACUCCAUUGGCAUGUCUGUGAUGACUGGCAAGGCCACCAACAUCCUCUGGCGCAGCUUCUACAUGAGCGAGCAGCUGUCGAUGCGCACCAAGGCGCUCCUGGCUGUCGACUGGGCCAAGGCCAAGGUGUUCGGGCGUGACUUCAGCCGCUAUUAAACGUGUGAAUAUGUGUAGUCUAGUGAACUUGUUGCUUCUGCUAGUUUCUAGUUUCGUCAAGAUUUUUUUAAAGUGAUAAAGAUGAUCCAGCUG